AUGAUUACAUCCACGAGAUCCAAUGCGCGUCUCGUAAGAUUCGGGUUGUUUGCGCUCAUCUUGAUCGCAUGUGGGUAUAUCCUUACCAGGGGAUCAUCCUUCCAACCACAACCACUCCCUUCACAAGGAGCGGCCAACCGUAAUCCUGCAGCAAACCAACAAGCUCCACCAGCACAACCAGCACAGCCUGCAGCUCCACCUGCUCAACAGCAAAAGAUCAAGGCUACCUUUGUCACUUUAGCCCGUAACUCCGAUUUGUACACUCUUUCUGAUUCUAUUAGAAUGAUUGAAGACAGAUUCAACAAGAAGUUCCAUUACGAUUGGGUUUUCUUGAAUGAUGACGAGUUUAGUGAAGAAUUUAAGGAAGCUACCACCGCUUUAGUUUCUGGUACUACCAAGUAUGGUUUAAUUCCUAAGGAACACUGGUCCUAUCCUGAAUGGAUUGACCAGGAAAAGGCUGCCCUUGUUAGAGAAGAUAUGAGAGAACGUAAGAUUAUUUAUGGUCAUUCCGAAUCAUACCGUCAUAUGUGUAGAUUUGAAAGUGGGUUCUUCUGGAGACAAGAUAUUUUGAAAGACUAUGAAUAUUAUUGGAGAGUUGAACCUGAUAUCAAGUUGUACUGUGACAUUGAUUAUGAUGUUUUCAAAUGGAUGAAACAAAAUAACAAGGACUAUGGUUUCACUAUAUCAUUACCUGAAUAUAAGGAAACCAUCCCAACUUUAUGGCAAACUGUCAAGGAGUUCACUGAAAAGAAUCCACAAUAUCUUGCCAAGAACAACAUGUUGGAAUGGCUCAGUAACGACGGUGGUAAUACUUAUAACGGAUGUCAUUUCUGGUCCAAUUUCGAGAUUGGUAACUUGAACUUCUUCAGAUCUGAAGCUUAUCAAAAGUAUUUUGAACAUUUGGAUAAAGCUGGUGGGUUUUUCUAUGAAAGAUGGGGUGAUGCGCCUGUUCAUUCUAUUGCUGCUGCCUUGUUCUUGCCAAAAGAAAAGAUUCACUUUUUCGAAGAUGUUGGAUACUAUCAUGUUCCAUUCCAUAACUGUCCUAUUGACAAGGAUAUUAGAUUUGAAAGAAACUGUAACUGUAAUCCAAAGGAAGAUUUCACUUGGAAGGCAUAUUCUUGUACUACCAAAUAUUAUAAGGUUAAUCAAUUCAAGAGACAAAAGGGUUGGGAGAAAUUCUCUGGUUGA